AUGGGAGGAUUUCCUCAGUUCGUUUUAGAACAGGCUGAUAAAGAAGAGCAUCAAAAGCAGCUUGAUAAAGCGAUUAAAAAAUGUAACAUGGAUAUAUUUAAUUAUAUUGGUGACUCUACAGGUACAGAUGUUAGCCACAAGCUCGUACACAUCUAUACAAAUUUCCCAUUCACUUAUGAAGAGGUUGUAAAGGACGAAAAUGAAAUGGAUUUAGAUCUAGUUCAAGUGAUAUUCAUGCUGGAUCGAGACGGAACAAAUUUGCGUACUGAAACAUUUUUAAGCUUAAAGUCAGGAAUUAGUAAUUCGUUAUUGGGCAUAUCAUUUGAACAGAUUGCUCAUCAGGUGCUACGAGAUGGAGGAAUUUUCAAGACUCAUUCUUUAGGAUUCAAUGAUAUAGAGGAAACCUCACUAUUAACAGGCAGAAUGACCUUUUUAAAAGUAAUAUCAGUGUAA